GUCCAUAGAGAGACCUAUGCGUUACUACUAGAUGCAAACAUAUGACUUGAUGAACACACCGAAAUCUACACCAUGAAAGGACGUAAUAAUACAUUUCUAAAUCAAGACGGGAGUGAUAAUUGCUUGUUGCUUUAUGGUAACUGCGACUUCACAUGGUCCAAGGUGCAUGUGCAUGAUAAUUACACUAGUGACCGUAGUAUUUGCAGACAGGGUUGAUAAAACGUGAAUGGGCGUAGAGGGAAAAUGACGGAAAAAAACAGAACAGGAUGUAGGUAAUAAGGCAUCUGCGCAGCGCGAAAUCUGAGUAAAGAAAAUAAAAGUGAAGUGGCAAGUGUAGUAGUGCCAGAUAUAACCCACUGGCUCAGUUAGACAGUCAUGGCAACGAGUUACAAACGGCAGCAGCAGCAGGAGGAGGAGGGAAGGAAAUGCACUGUGCCACCGAAGACCAAAAGGCGGAAAAUACCGUGGUGGCAGACCGGCAUCCUUUACCAGGUGUACCCUCGCUCCUUCAGGGACACCAGCGGCAAUGGCACAGGGGAUCUCAAAGGCAUCACUUCCAAGGCUGACUACAUGGCCAGUCUGGGUGUCGGGGCGGUGUGGCUCAGUCCAUUCUUCCAGUCACCCAUGAAGGACUUUGGCUAUGACAUCUCCAACUACACUGCCAUUGACCCCAUCUUUGGCACCAUGGCAGACUAAGAGAUGGUUCAGGAGCUCCACACACGUGGUCUGAAAGUAGUGUUGGAUUUCGUCCCAAACCACACCAGCGACCAACACGAGUGGUUCCAGAGGUCUGAGAGGCGAGAGGAACCUUAUACAGACUACUAUGUGUGGGCUGACGCUAAGGGAACAGAUGAGGAGGGUUUUCCUGUACCACCAAACAACUGGCUGAGUGUGUUCCGUGGUUCAGCGUGGGAGUGGAGUGAGGAGAGAGGCCAGUUCUACUACCACCAGUUCCUCAAAUCCCAGCCAGACCUUAACUUUCGAAGCGAUGAUGUCAGGAGGGAAAUGAAGCAAGUCUUGACCUUCUGGAUGGACAAGGGAGUGGAUGGGUUCCGGGUGGACGCCGUGAAGCAUUUGUUUGAGGUCCAAGACUUGAGCCUUGAUGAGCCACUGACACCAGGACACCUUGACCCCAUUGACUACAACUCUCUACAACACAUCUACAGCAACCAGCCUCAGAACCUGGACUUGGUGAGGGAGUGGCGUGCCCUUCUUGAUAAACGCUCUGAGAAAGUAAUGAUGGUGGAAGUGUUUGGUGACAGUGUGGAAGAGGUGAUGAAGUACUAUGGAAGUGAUGAAGACCCUUUGGCUGACUUUCCCUUCAACUUCUUCCUGAUUGACAACUUCUGUGGCCGAGAGAACUUCACUGCAGAGUCCCUGAUGGCCACGGUGUCCCUCUGGCUGGACAACCUCCCUGCUGGCAAGUGGCCCAACUGGGUGCUGGGGAACCAUGACAACAACCGUGUGUCGAGCCGCCUUGGGACUGACCUCAUAGACGCCCUGAACAUGAUGGUUCUGCUGCUGCCUGGAACUCCUGUCACUUACUAUGGCGAAGAGAUAGGUAUGGAGGACACCUUCAUCAGCUGGGAGGACACCAUGGACCCUCAGGGGUGCCGCUGGGGGCCUGACCUCUACCAGGAGCACAGCAGGGACCCUGCCAGGACACCCAUGCAGUGGGACGACACUGACCGGGCAGGAUUCACCGGCAGCAACACAACGUGGCUUCCUGUCAACCCCAACUACACUAAGGUGAACGUGGCGAGGCAGACAGUGGCGGCGACGAGUCACCUGAAGGUGUACCAGCACCUGGCACAGCUGAGGAGGGAAGACACAUUUAGUCGGGGCAACACAACCUUCCCAGUCAUCACCAAGGAUGUCUUCACCUUCAUGAGGAGUCUUGAGGGGUCGGAUGGCUACCUGGUGGUGAUCAACACUUCAGAGGAGCAGAUCAAAGUGGACCUCCUUAAAGACACCACUCAGACACUGCCAGCGGAAGGAACUGUCCUGAUCCGCUCCAUCACUGACACAUCCUCUGCCACACAGCCAGGGUGUGUGGUUCCCCUCAAUGCUGUGCCCUUGGUGGGAGGAGAGGGCCUUGUCCUGAGCCUGGCUGAGGAAGACCACUGAGUGUUUUUGGGCCAUCAGUGCAGCUCACCAUGCCUUCCAUGCCUUCCAUUGCACCAUGUUGAGCCAAACUGUGUCCUGGCAGUGCACAAGAUUAAGGAAGUCACUAGUAUGAAUGUUUAAACCCCUUCAGUACCAGUUUGUGUUUUUAUAUUCAUUCUGGUGACUAUUUGGUAAUUUGAUACAGCUUCAGAAACAUAUGUUGGGAUUAGAAUAGUAAAGACUGACCAUUGAUAUUUUGACCUCCACAGACCCUUCCUAAUAUAAAUGAAAUUGUCCAGUCUCACCAAAACUCGGGUAUAAGUGUGUCCCAGCACUGAAGGGGUUGAAGAAAUCACUAGUCUAAAUGUUUAACGCCUUCAGUACUAAGACCUUUCCAUAUUAAUUUUGGUUACUAUUUGGUGAUUUGAUACAGCUUCAGGAACAUAUGUAGGUAUUAGAAUAGUAAAGACCCUGGCCAUUAAUCUUCUGACCCUUCCUUAUGCAAAUGAAAUUGUCUAAGCAUACCCAAAACUCAAGGUAAAAAUGCAUCCCAGUACUGAAGGAGCUAAGUCACUAGUCUGAACUUAAUAGUGAAUGUAAGAUUUAAAAGACUAGAGUUAAGUGUUUGUGGUCCAUCAUAGGAGUUUACCAUGUCUUCUACUGGAGGAUGUGAAGGCAAACUGCUCACCAACACUGUGCAAGAUUGAAGAAGUCAUGAGCCAGUCCAACUCUUAAUUAACCCCUUCAAUACUUGGACAAAUUUUUACCUUGAGAUGUUAGCACAAUUAGACCAAUUAAUUGACAUUAGGAAGUAUCUAUGAAGGUCAGAAGAUUAGUGGCCACAGUCUUCACUAAUGUAAUCCCUCACAUGAGUUUCUAAAGCUGUAUAAAAUCACUAAAUAUUCACCAUAAUGAAUAUGGAAAUGCGAGUUUUGUGUACAGUUAGACCUAUUUAUUGACAUUAGGAAGAGUCGCAAGAUUAAUGGUCACAGUCUUCCACUAUUUUAAUCCCCCCACAUGAGUUUUUGAAGGUGUAUAAGAUCAACAAAUAGUCACCAGAAUGAAUAUAGAAACAGCAUGGUACUGAAGGGGUUAAGAGUCUUUGAUUUAGAAACAGUAGAUGUGCAGUGCCUGUGUUCCAUCAUUAUUAGGGGACAUCUAGCACUGGUGGUGUAUUACUGGUGUUUCUUAGUGGUGUGUGUGUGAUGUGUGCCUUCAUUAAUGUUGUAGUGUGUUCCUCAUUGUGUGUGGCCUGAGGACUCAAUAAACUCAAGAUUCCUUA